ACCGCUCAUUUCGUGCCCUAGACCGCUUUUCAGGUAGUCGCCUCAGUUCUUCCUUAGCCUCAUUUCACUCUCAAUCUCUUCCUUUUCUUUCUCCAUCUUCCGAUCCAUCCAUUUUAGAGCUUUCUCUUGUUCAAAUUAGGUUCUUUACCUGAAGAUAUGAUGAUACUCGGCUGGGUUUUUUGAUUCAAUCAAUAUGGAAGAUUUGGUGUGGGGUUUGAGUUGAUGGAAGGUGUCAACAUAGCGAUUCCUGCGGUUGUGGGUUUGUCGAAACUUAUGGGAUCGGAGGGUUUUGGCGGCGGCGGCGGAGGAAGUGGUGUAGGAAUUGGGGUUUCUGUAAUUGAAGCUGUGACUUGUGAUACUACUGAUGGUGUUUCGGUGGUUGUGGGUUCUUCAAUCGAUGGAUGUAUUUCGUUUCUAGGACGUAAAGAUGUUAGUGUUUCUCCCAUUCCAUCAGAAUCGUAUUUCUUGGAGAAGACGAAACAUGCUAAUGAGAUUUCAGUCAUUCAACAUGUGGAUGCAACUGAAGAGAUGAAAAUUGGGGGAAAGAAUAGUUCUCCUUUGGUUGUUGAGCCUAGUAUUGAGGGUAAACAGAAGCAAAAAAGAUCUUACAAAGUUUCGAGAAGUAAUAGCGGUUCUGUUAAGAGAUCGCGUAUAGCGAGGAUGGAAGUUCCUGCAAAUGAAGCUGGUUUAUGUGGUGCGAACGAGAAAUCUCAACUUACUAAGCAGAAGAACAGCUCAAGUACUAAGCGUUCUGACAAAAGGAAUGGUAAGAUUGCAUCAAGGAAUAAAUCUGAUUCCUUCUCGUUCAAGGCAGGCUUGAGCAGCUUCAAUUCUUCAGGAGGAGGAAACAGUUUCUUGGGAUUAUAUGGUUUGAAAUCCGAUCUUCGUGAUGUCACAGAAGGUAUGGAAGAGCUUUCGGUGAAUGAGCUUCUAAAUGGAAGUUAUAUGUGCCCGAGUUUUUCUCAGCAUAAGAAAGCGGAGGAUAUAAAAGCAGAUUCAAACGAAAGUAUUCUGCAUUCGGUUAAAAAAGCAGUAUCUGUCCUUAUGCUACCGAGGCCUAUAAAGGGUCAAAGUUCUGUUGAGGUUAAAGUCAGUAGCAAUCAAAAAGUCUUGACUUAUUCAUUCGUCUCUAGUUUGAGUCCAUCUAGUAGACGUGAAAACGAUGAAGAUAUUGCAUGUGCCUCGGAUAUAUCGUCAUGUAACAAGGCCUGGGAUCAAAACACAAAGGACGUAACAACUCCUCACAUCUUGUUAGAUUCUCCCUUGCAUCAGCCUAAACAUGUUCUUGAACGGCUUUCUCUUCCCCCAGCUCAAGAUCUGGAGACAUUACUCUUAGACGUGACAAAACAAUCCGGGCCAUCAAAAUCUAAUCCUGAUCUUCGUGGAAAGAUGUCUCAACGAACUGGAUUGCCUCCUUUUCCUUGGUCGAAUGUUAAUGGUAGCCAUUGCAAGUCCACUGAUACAAAUAAGCCAUCUUCUAGUAAGACGUCAUGCCAAGGAAGAUGGGUUAAAAUGGGGGAUGCUUCUAAUACGGAAAUAACUGCUGGUUUUUUAAAGGACUUCGAAUCACUUGCCUUUGAUAGCAGUCUGGUUCCCUUGGUUAGUCGGCAAAUCCGAUCUUCGGAAGAUGGAAGUCGUGCAUCGGCAUCGGUUAUUGUGCCUUUACCCGAUCACGGGCUCACCAUGUCUUAUUUGCCUUUGAAAGUGCCUUCAGAAUCUGGUUGCAGUCUGAAGUCUAAAACUGAAGACGAUCUAUCUCCAAGAGUAUUGGCUGCUGCCCGAACAUUAUGUGAUAUUGCCACACAAUCGUUGAAGCAAAACCCAAAUGGUAUAUUAAGGCCAUCAUCGAAGCCUAGCAAGUCAAAGAUGAAUGUCAAAUCUAUCGGAGGAGCAACAAUAUCAAACACCACAUCAGACAACAACAGAAGGAAGCUGAUUGACGAAGGAUUGCCAUUGCCAUUGAAGAAACCGAAGCUUCACAAGAACAGUGAUAAAGAUAAAGACAGAGAUCAUCCACACCAUAACAAUGGGCCACUAAGAUUGUUAAGUUGGUCAAUUCCUCCUAGAUCAAGCAGAACUGCACCUUUCAAUUCGUUAAGGCACUCAUUUUCAGAGACGAAAUGCUCCAAUGGCAAUAUCGUUAAACAACAACCUUCUUAUAGGCUUCCGCCGCCACCUUCUUCUAGGAUUACAGCUGACAAAUCGAGGAAAGUGGUUUCGGUUGAGUUGAAUGGUGAAGGGAGUAAGUUAAGCUGACAUAAAUUAAAAUUAAAAUAAAAAUCUCAUAUUUUGCCCACCAAACCAAACGAGGCUAAUUUUUCUUUUUCUUGGGAUUUUUUUUCUUCUGGAAAUACUCAAUUCAAAGACUGCUCUGGGGGUUGUAUAUAUUAUGUGGGUUGAAAGUAGUUAAGGGUGUGUUUGUUUAAGAGUAUAGAUUGUUGUAGAAUAUGAUAACAUAUACUAUUUAAAUUG